AUUCCCACACCCAGCAAUUUCUCAACGCUCCCUCCCUCUUUUUCUCGGCGGCACCUUUCUCUCAGCCAAGCUCAGAUUUUCUUCGCCAACCCGGAACAAACCGAGUGUCCCUGGUAAUGAACCUGGAUUGGUAGAAGCCGUCUCGGUCUGGUUCAGUUUCUCUCCGUAACUACCUACCGGGAUCGAUCUCCUCCUCCUCCACCUCCACCUCGUCUUUGCCGUUUUAAUGUCGCCCAUAUCAUUGCUUUCUGUGUUAACCGAAGACUUACUCGUCCGGGUUUAUACCAGACUCGGCUCCGAUUCUGACCGAAAGACGUGGAGAAUCGUCUGCAAGAACUUCCUCCGAGUCGACUUGGUUACUCGGCGAUCCCUCCGAAUCCUCAGGUUCGAGUUUUUACAGCGCCUUCUCUUCAAGUACACGAACCUAGAUUCCCUCGACCUUUCCGUCUGCCCGCGCAUCGAAGAUGGGGCCAUUUCGCUCCUACUGAGCCGGCCUGAAUGGCUGAAUUGGACUCGGUGCUUGACUCGGCUCACGCUUAGUGGCGCAACCGGGUUGAGACACUCGGGGUUGGAGCUGCUGUUGCGGGCGUGUCCGCGUCUUGAGGCGGUGGACGUGUCAUACUGUUGGGGUUACGGGGACAUGGAGGCCUCGGCGAUAUCGUGUGCCAAAGGGCUGAGGGAGCUGAGGAUGGACAAGUGCUUGGGGGUCACCGAUGUUGGGUUGGCAAAGAUAGCGGUUGGGUGUGGGAAGCUGGAAAGGCUGAGCUUGAAGUGGUGCAUGGAGAUAUCCGAUCUGGGUGUGGAUCUUUUGUGCAAGAAAUGUCUGGACUUGAAGUCUCUUGAUGUUUCGUAUCUCAAGCUUACAAGUGAAUCUCUACGUUCAAUUGCUUCUCUGCCGAAACUGGAGGUUUUAGCUAUGUCGGGAUGCGCUUUUGUAGAUGAUGUUGGUUUACAGUUUCUCGAAAAUAGAUGCCCAUUGCUACAGGUGAUUGACAUAUCUAGGUGUGAAUUUCUUACUUAUUCUGGUUUACAAUCUGUAGCAAGAGGACAUAACGGUCUUCUGCAGCUCAAUGCUGGAUGCUGUCUCUCGAGGCUUCCGGCAACAGUUCUCCACUGCUUGAAGGACAUGAAGAAUCUAAACACAAUAAGAAUUGAUGGGGCUCGAGUCUCUGACUCAAGUCUCGAGAUCAUCAGCUCCAAUUGCAAGUCGUUGGUGGAAAUUGGGUUGAGCAAAUGUGUUGGGGUGACCGACAUGGGCAUCAUGCAGCUAGUAUCUGGCUGUGUGGAUUUGAAGAUUGUCAAUCUAACAUGUUGCCGUUCCAUCACUGAUGCAGCAAUUUCGGCUUUAGCAAAAUCUUGUUGGAAGCUUGUGUGCCUAAAGUUAGAGUCUUGCGAUAAAGUCACUGAGAAGAGUCUCAAUCAGCUUGGAUCAUGUUGUUUGGGACUUGAGGAGAUUGAUCUGACUGAUUGCUCUGGCGUAGAUGACAAAGGACUCAAAUAUUUGUCUGGAUGCUCAGAACUUUUAUGCUUAAAAUUAGGACUGUGCACAAACAUAUCAGACAAAGGAUUGGCUUAUAUCGCUUGUAACUGUACAAGAAUUAGUGAACUCGAUUUAUACCGCUGUACAGGUAUAGGAGAUGAUGGAUUAGCUGCGUUAACAAAUGGUUGCAAGAAAUUGAUGAAGCUGAACUUGUCCUACUGCAAUGGAGUUACCGACAGGGGGAUGCAUUAUAUUGGCCAUCUUAAGGAACUCUCUGACCUAGAGAUGCGUGGGCUCAUCAACAUCACAAGUGUGGGUUUGACAGCAGUUGCAGCUGGGUGUAAGAGACUGGCAGAAUUGGAUUUAAAACAUUGUGAAAGGAUUGAUGACUCUGGUUUCUGGGCACUUGCCUACUACUCACGGAACAUGCGACAGAUAAAUAUGAGCUAUUGUGCUGUGUCAGAUGUGGGGCUGUGCAUGGUGAUGGGUAAUCUAACACGGCUACAAGAUGCCAAGCUAGUGCAUCUCACGAAAGUGACGGUAAAGGGGUUUGAACUUGCACUUAGGGCCUGCUCUGUCCGGAUCAGAAAGCUCAAGUUAAAUUCUCGUCUCAGACUUGUACUUUCUUCAGAGACACUUGAGACACUGCAUGCGAGGGGUUGCAUGUUUAGGUGGGAUUAAGCCUUUUUUUUUUUUUUUUCUUUCUUUUUUUUAAUCUCAAUGCAUAUUUGCAAGUU